AUGCGCUCAUCGGCUCUACUGGCUGGGAGCUGAGAAACGAGUGCUCUGCUCUGGAGGAGAGUGUUUGGGAACGCUGGCGACAUGUCGCUCCUAUUUUCUACACCAAAAGAGAAAAAAAGGUGGACCCAAGUGUCAGGAUCAGCUUUUCCUUCUUCCAGCUCUCCUCCUCCCUCCUGUUUUUAUUGCAGACUGUCUCGGUCUGUGCACUGACUUCUCUCAGUCAUUCAUUCACUCCUGCCCGCGCUGGCUGGCCGACUGAGCGUGCCGACAGCGGGACCGCUACCUGCUGCCUUUGGGAUUUAAGCUCACUAGAAGAACCUGCUGCCUAAUUUGCUGUUGCAGCGGUGAAAGGUGGACGCCCCAUUGAGUAUCCUGGAUAAAGUGGAUUAAAACUCUUUGAAAACCUUAGGAUGAGGAAGUUUCUUUCCUGACCUUAUCAAAACAAAAGGAGAACCAAGAUUGUUUUUCUUGACCCAGCUGAAAACUCAAUCAAACUUUACCUGACUUCCUCAGGUUUCUGUGUUUUCUUGAACAUCUGUAGCUGCGGACUGUCAGGUUGAGAGGGACCGUUCGCCUGGAUAACUUUUCCCCCCUCUGUGACACUUCCUCUGACCUGAUUUUGGCCCCAACGGGCUGGUAGGGUGGGAGGGGAAGGGGGCAGACCUUCUUGAAAUAUAAGGGCAUUGAACCAUAGAGCGGUGACAGAGGGGUUGGAAAAACAAGCCCACUCCUCGCUCCUGGGAGCAUGUGCUUCAUCGCAAGGCAUUCAGAUGCUUUCCAGCCGACCUCCUAAACAGCAGACAAACUUGCUCUGGUCUGGAUGUGAGGAUUGGAGGGAUUUAUUUGCUUGAACAUUUACCAAAGAAUCUAGUCCUUUGGAUACUAAGUUACAGGAGGAUCAUUGAAGCACAUCUGCAGGGAACUCGAAGGGCUACCACCUUUUUGAGAAAUACUUUUGAUCCACACUAAGGAUCUUGUUUUCGUUUGUAAAGCCUCGGGAAAAAAAGGGGUGUCGUAGGAGCAGACAUCCUGUGAUCUUGCUCACAAAGUCAGGGUCCCUCGGAGGAAAGGAAAGGCUCUUUAUGUGGAUUUAUUAUCGACCUGCUGUGGAAGGUUUCCGUUUGGAUAUCUGACAAUCCCCAACCCCCAAAUCCUAACACACUCAAACACACAUUUCCAGCUUUCAGAUUCAUGCAAAAAGCUCUUUAACACAAACAGCAAAGCACAUUAUCACCACCCACUAAAACCUACACACGUCUGCACUGUAAGUAUAUACCACCCUGUGAAACACACACACGUAGUUGCACAUUAAAUUCCCAUUAGUCUGUCUUCUAGCCGGCGGGGGUAGAGCAAUGGAGGUCAUUCGGACAGGUGGGGGGCUGUAGGAGUCCAGCAUCCCUGCUUCCCCCCUGUCUGUCCUUUCCCCCCCAAAUGGAUGUUAUCAUCAGUGAAAAAUGUGUCGCUCGCAAAUUGCUGAAAGCUUUCCGCUGCGAUUGUCUAACAGAAACAGUCACCGGGUCCCUGUGAUGGUGCACAGCUGGAACCACAGCUGAGACUGCCUGCAUUACACAUCGUUCUCUCUUUUUAAAGUGUUGUUUUCAUUACCUCCGACGUCUCCACCUCCCCACUCCACCGCCAUCAUUUUUCCCAACGGGUCCCUGGGCGGCCCUCGGCGGGCUCCUCGGUCCGUCGUCUCCUCCACCCUGGAGGGGAGGGGGUCGCUGGAGUGGAGCAUGAGCGGCUGCCACUAUCCCUCGCCGCCGGCGCCGGAGCGGGAGCGCAGGUACCAGCACAAAGUGUCGCUGGUGGUGCGUUACUUUAUGAUCCCCUGCAACAUCUGCCUGAUCCUGUUGGCCACGUCCACCCUGGGCUUCGCUGUGCUGCUGUUCCUCAAUAACUACAAACCAUCUCACUUCACUCCGGCCCAGCCUCCUGAUGGCUGCAGAGGAAAGCUGUGUGGCUUCGGGGCGGUGUGUGAGCGGGACCCGUCCGACCCAGCCAAGGGCGAGUGCGUUUGUAAGAAAUUCGAAUGUCCACUCAUGGUGGCUCCUGUUUGCGGCUCCGACACCUCCACCUACAGCAACGAGUGCGAGCUGGAGAAGGCUCAGUGCGAAAAACAGCGACGCAUCAAGGUGCAGCGCAAAGGACCCUGCUCUCUGAAGGACCCCUGCACGGAGGUGACAUGUAGCUACGGCAGCACGUGCGUCAAGUCGUCGGACGGCAUGUCGGCGAAGUGCAUGUGCCCCCUCAGCUGCGAAGGCAAGCCCCAGCAGGCGGUGUGCGGCAGCGACGGGAAGGACUACCGCAAUGAGUGUGAACUCCACCAGCACGCAUGCAAGACCCAGAAAAACAUACGAGUGCAGUUCCAAGGACCCUGCGAUCCUUGCAAAGACAGUCAGAACAGUCUAAACACUAUCUGUCGAGUGAAUGCCAUGACCCGCCAGCGUGAGAUCUACAAGUCACCAGAGUCCUGUUCUGAAGAUAAGGAGCCUCUGUGCGCAAGCGACGGCCAGACAUACUUCAGCGAGUGCGCCAUGAUAGCCACAGGCUUUCAGAAGGGCAUCAGCCUCAGGAAGAUCCAUUCUGGCCAAUGCAGAAAUCUGGAUGUGUGUCAAGAAGAUUGUCUAUUCAAUGCCGUGUGUGUGGUGGAAAAGUUCGGUGCCCGCUGCUCCUGUGAUCCCAUCGAAUGCGACGCCACCUACAAGCCACUGUGCGUCAAGGAUGGACGCACUUUCUCCAAUGACUGCCACCGACGCAAGGCGGAGUGCAUGGGCAAGAACCUCCUCCCCAUCAAGCACUACGGGCCCUGUGAUCUCAACUCACCCAGCCCCUGCUUGAUGAAGACAUGCGAACACGGGGCGGUGUGCGUCGUAAAGAACAACGAGCCGGUCUGCGAGUGCACCGAGGCCUGCCCCCAGAUCUCCGACCCGGUGUGCGGGUCCGAUGGCCAAACCUAUAGCAGCCCCUGUGAGAUGCGGGCGAUGGGUUGCACUCUGCAGAAGCAAAUCCGCAUCCAGCACAAAGGACCAUGCGAUGAAUCUUGCACCAACUGCUCCUUCGGGGCGAUCUGUGACGCCCAGAGCGGUCAGUGCGUGUGCCCAUCCGAGUGUGUCGAGUCCCACCAGCCCGUUUGCGGCAGCGACGGCCACACCUACGGCAGCGAGUGUGAGCUGAAUGUGCGCUCCUGCAAGGAGCAGAUGGAGCUGCGGGUGGUCAGCCAGGGAGAGUGCAAAACAUGCGGCAGCACCGUCUGUAGCUGGGGUGCCCGGUGUGUGGAGAAGAAGUGCGAGUGCCCGCAGUGCUCAGGCGAGGCCACCUCUCCGGUGUGCGGCAGUAACGGCAUCACCUACGACAACGAGUGCGAGCUCCACAGGUCGUCCUGCACGCAGAAGAUGAAAAUUGAUGUGGCGAAGCCCGGCAGCUGCGAGGAAGAAUGUGGCUCUGGAGCAUCUGGGUCGGGCGUGGAGAGCUGCGAACAGGAGCGCUGUGCCAUGCAUGGUGGCCAAUGGAACGACGAUGAAGAGGAUGAACGCUGUAUCUGCAACUUCAGCUGUGAAAGUGUGCCACACAACGAGGUGUGCGGCUCUGAUGGAAAAACCUACAGGAACGAGUGCGAACUAAAGAACACCAGAUGUUUGGAGAAGAGGCAGUUGUUGAUUCAGAGUCAGGGACCCUGUGCAGAGAAUCCUCCCGCACCUCCGACUGAGCUGACAGCGCCGCAGCACUGCAGCCUCUCUCCGUACGGCUGCUGCUCCGACAACGCCACCGCCGCUUUAGGGGUCGGGCAGGCUGGAUGUCCCAGUACGUGUCAGUGUAACGUCCACGGCUCCUACAAGGGCACCUGCGACCCGACCAGCGGGCAGUGCUCCUGUAAGCCGGGCGCCGGCGGGCAGAAAUGUGACCGCUGCGAGCCGGGCUUCUGGAACUUCCGCGCCAUCGUCACCGAAGGCAUGAGCGGCUGCACACCGUGCAGCUGCGAUCCCACAGGCUCGGUCCGGGAUGAUUGCGAGCAGAUGUCGGGACUGUGCUCUUGCAAGACGGGGGUGAAGGGCUUGAAGUGCAACGUGUGCCCAGAUGGGAGGAAGAUCGGCAUGAACGGCUGCGACAACGGUCCAGACGCCCCAAAGUCGUGUGAAGAACUGGUUUGCAGCUUCGGUGCAACCUGCAUCGAGGAAAACGGCCAGGCCCAUUGUCAGUGCCCUCCUCCUGAUUGUGACUUAAGAAACAAAACAAAGGUGUGCGGCUCAGAUGGGGUGACCUACGCCGACCAGUGCCAACUGAGGACCAUAGCCUGCAGGCAGGACAAGGACAUUACGUUGCAACACUUUGGACAGUGCACAGAAACCAUCUCUGAACCGGCAGACCGACCCACCCCCAACCCUCCCUCCACCACCACCGCGGCAGCCACCACCACCCCCGCCCCCUUCAACCCUGACAUGGUGUUUGCCAUCCCGCCUCCAAUGACGGCCCAGCCGGGGCCCACCGAGCAGCCCGUGACCAACGCCGUACUUUCCACCUCCACCAUCAGCCGUGCACGAUCCAACCACCGUCAGCCCAUCCUCACCGCCGCCAUCACCGCCACUCUCAGCAGUCCUGCCCCCUCCACCUCCGCACUGACCCCUCUCGAGGGCUCAGGCAGCGGCGAACCGAGCGGCGACGAAGACGAAGAGGAUUUGCGGGAUGACGAUAUUGGUAGCGGCAUCCAAUCAGAAGCCAGCGGGGCAGACGAGACUGGCGGUCCGACAGCGGCAGGUUCUGCUGGUCCCAAUUCUGAGGAUAAGUCCUCCUGUGACACCACAGAGUUCGGCUGCUGUCCCGACGGCAAGACCCCGUCCAGCACCCCAGAGGGCACCAACUGCCCCCCCCUUUAUGCCACAGCCAGCUUUUGGGAUGAUUCUGGAUCUGCUACCAUGAGGUUCUCGGGUUUACUGCACCUGGAGCAGGUGGAUAACCUGGUCUACACCCCUGAGAUGCAGGAUCCAAAGUCUGAGCUGUUUGGAGAGACGGCCCGCAGCAUAGAGAGCGCUCUCAAUGAAAUGUUCAGGAAGUCACAGGUGCACAAAGAAUUCAUGGGAGUUCGAGUCCGUCAGCUGGCACAAAACGACUCCAUCCUGGCCUACGUGGAGGUCCAUUUCAGGCCAGAUACGAGAUACAACGUGAAGGACAUCAAGGGAGCGCUGCUGAAACAGUUAAAGGCUUCCAAAGACACCAGCCUCUCUGUGAAGAAGCCCACGGCAGAGAAUAUUCACUUCACUAAUUAUGGUUUAUCCACCAUCCCAUUGUUUACCACCACCACCACCACCACAGCUGCAGUCACCACCGCCGCCCCCAUCACCACAUCCAGAGCUCCUGCUACAUCCCCCUACUUCACACGCCGCCCAGAAGGAAUCACCCGCAGGUUCCCCGGCGGCAGGCGUACCACCACCACAGCGCCGCCGGUCAUCAGAACCUCCACUACCACCUCAGCACAUCACCCCACAACCACUCAGCCGCCCGCCAACACCACACCAAGAAAGGGGACUACACCCAAGACCCUAAAGCCCUGCGACUCCCACCCGUGUCUCCAUGGUGGCACCUGCGAGGACGACGGCGACGAAUUCCGCUGCCAGUGCCUCGCUGGACGAGGAGGGGCGGUGUGUGAGAAAGUGAUCAAGUACUUCAUCCCGUCGUUUGGAGGCCAGUCCUACUUGGCCUUCCCGACGAUGAGCGCAUACCACACGGCCCGGAUCGCCAUGGAGUUCAGAGCGUCCGAAAUGAACGGCCUGCUGCUCUACAACGGCCAGAUGAGGAAGAAGGACUUCAUCUCUCUGGCUCUGGUCAACGGCAGAGUGGAGCUCAAGUUUAACACUGGAUCGGGAACAGGCACCGUGAUCAGCAAGGUUCAGAUCACCCCGGGACGCUGGCAUCAGCUGGUGGUGACGCGCAGCCGGCGAAGCGGCAUGCUCAGCGUCGACGGUGAGCCGCACGUCCAGGGUGAGAGUCCUCCCGGUACUGAUGGGCUCAACCUCGACACCCAACUGUUCAUUGGAGGGGUGACGGACGACCUGAAGCAAGAUGUUAAGGAAAGGACCGGGGUCACCUCAGGUCUGGUUGGCUGCAUCCGCAUGCUGGACGUCAACAACCGGAUGCUCAACAUUCAGGAGAGCAACGGCGACAGCCUCUUUGGCGCCGGAGUGGGUGAAUGUGGUAACAACCCCUGCCAGCCGAACCCCUGCAAGAACGGAGCCGAGUGCCAGGUCAAAGAGGCUGAGAUGUUCCACUGCAAGUGCAGCAAUGGAUUCUGGGGUCCAACGUGUGCUGACGUCCAUGACCCCUGCAAAGACAGCAAGUGCCACAGUUCCUCCAAGUGCAAGGCGCUCCCAGCGGGAGGCUAUAAAUGCGAGUGUCCCAUGGGACGUGAGGGAAAGCACUGUGACAAAGCGACUGAGACGAGAGGGGCUUACAUGCCUCUGUUCAACGGAGACUCCUACCUAGAGCUGAAGGGGCUUCAUCUCUACGGGCACAGUCUACGUCAAAAAUUCAGCAUGACGUUGGUUCUUAUGGCCAAUGACUCCAAUGGUCUGAUCUUCUACAACGGGCAGAAGUCUGACGGAAAUGGGGACUUCAUCUCUCUGUCCCUGAAACAAGGCUUCCUGGAGUUUCGCUACGAUCUGGGAAAGGGACCUGCUGUUAUCAGGAGUAGGACCCCGAUGAAGCUGAAGGUGUGGAACACCAUUGACCUGGAGCGCUCCGUCCGCAAAGGAGAGCUCAUGGUGAACAAGAAGGACCCGGUUCGAGGAGAGUCACCAAAAUCACGCAAGAACAAGCACACUGAACUCAACCUGAAAGAGUCUCUCUUUGUUGGCGGAGCUCCCGAUUACAGCAAGCUAGCGAGAGCUGCUGCGCUCGAGCAGGGAUUCAAGGGAACCAUCCAAAAGAUUAUGCUGAUGAGCACCCCCAUCCUCAGGGAGGAGAACGCCCUGAACUCCAGCAACGUAGCCAUGUUCCGUGACCACCCGUGUUUCCGGGAGCCAUGUCAGAACGGCGGCCGCUGCAAUCCUCAGCUGGGCGGCUACGAGUGCUCUUGCCAAACCGGUUUCUCAGGGGACAGCUGUCAAAACACCAUCCACGAGAAGUCCGCCGGAGAGACCGAGGCCAUCGCCUUCGACGGGCGGACGUUCAUCGAGUAUCACAACGCCGUCACCAGGAGCCAACUGACCAAUGAGAUCCCAGAUGAAAAGGCUCUGCUGGUGAACAAAUUCGAGCUGAGCAUCCGCACCGAGGCCACUCAGGGCUUACUGCUCUGGAGCGGGAAGGGUGUGGAGCGUUCCGACUACAUCGCGCUGGCCAUCGUGGAUGGGCACGUCCAGAUGACGUACGACCUGGGAUCUAAGCCCGUGGUGCUGCACUCUUCUGUGCGUGUCGACACCAACCGCUGGAUACGCAUCAAAGCCAGCAGGGCGCUUCGGGACGGCUCUCUGCAGGUUGGAAACGAGGCGGCGGUAACAGGGUCAUCUCCCUUACGAGCAACGCAGCUGGACACAGAUGGAGCCUUAUGGUUAGGUGGUCUGGAGGAGCUGGCCGUAGCCCGCCGCCUGCCCAAGGCCUACAGCACCGGCUUCGUCGGCUGCAUCAAGGACGUGGUGGUGGACGGCGUGGAGGUCCACCUGGUGGAGGACGCCUUAAACAGCCCGAAAAUAUUACACUGUUCCGCUGCCAAAUAACCAGGAAGACAGAAAGCACUGCGAGACCGGAGAAUAAAAACAUAAAACAAAACAAGAAACCCUCCCCCCCAACCCCCCCCGUAACGCCCAUGUCUCCUGCUGUAAUUAUUUUCUAUUUUUGUAUACUUUUCAUCGCUUUUUAUAUGGGGAAAUAAUGAAUACGUUGUUUUUAAUUUUUGUUUGAAUCAUUUUUUUUUUUGCCAUUUUCUUCUGCUCCACUCCUCCAUCACACUUUGUAUUGUCCUUUUUUUUUGUUCUUCUUAAAAAAAGCUAUUUACUUUGUAUUGAUUUUGUUGUUACCUUAAGAAAAACAUCACCUUUUUUUUUAUCACUCAUUACUUGAAUGCCGUGGACCUUGCUUCUAAUCUCUGAUUGUUGCCUCGUCUUGGUGCCAUAUCAACCAACCACAUUCCCCCCAGACAUGGCCCAUACAUCCUGAUCAUACAGACAUACAUUCCCGUUUCUCAGCCGGAGCGCCGUACUGGCGUCCAGCUGGCAUAGAGUCUAUCCGGAUCCCUCUGUAUUAUUCAAUCCACUCUAUUUUCCUAAUGAAAUAUCAGCCAAGCUGCUACAGUGACUAAGUGCACCGUCAAGCCACUCGAUCAACUCCCAUGUAACAGCUUCAAGAAAAGAAAGGAAAGAAAAUAGACGCUUUCCAGUCGACCCAUCAGAGCCUUUAGUUUUGAAAUAUGACUAACACCGCAGCCCCGACGUGAUGGAGAGAGCUCUGCGCCACACAAUGACUCUCACAUUAUUAAUCAUGAAUCAUAGAUACUCAUAAAUGUUAUAAAAAUAGACUAUAUAUAAAUAAUACCUAAGACUGUGAAUAUGUAAGAUGGGUUCUCUUCCGAGACUUGUGCUUUUCAUGUACUGUUGUGCGUUCCGUUCUACAAUCAGCAGAUGAACUAAUGCUCACCACUAUAAAUGCAUGCACUUCUGCAGUGUUGGUUAGAAUCUGGGUUUUUCCCUUUUUUUUUUUUUGGUUUGUUUAUUUACAUUCUGUUUAAAAAGAAAGGAAAAUAAUCUAAUUUGAGAAAUGAGUCUUUUUUUUUUUUUUUUUUUGUUUCUCUUAUUAUUUGCUGAUGAGUUUAGCAGAACGUAAAGGAUUGGGAAUUAUGCUUUAAGGAGGCGUUUUUGCCAUUUUGAUCUUUGGUGUUCUGGGUUUUUUUUUUUGUGGGUGUUCUGGAAGUUAGUUUUGCAGGAACUCGAUGAGGUUGUUACCGCGUCUGACCUAAAGGAGGCGUUGAAAGCAAAGGCUGAAGAAAAAAGGACAGACAGACAGAGAGAGAAAGGAGGGAAGCAAGAGGAGAUCUCCUGGGAAUGUCCUGUAUAUCCUGAAAACUAUAAUCAGCUCUCAUGACUAAAGACACAAAAUAAACCCUUCCCCUAAGUCUG